GAAAAGAGGCGGCGGAGCUUAGACCGAGAGAAAGCGAGUCAGAGCCACAGAUGGCUCAAGUUGGUUCGCGCGCACACGCGAAGAGAAAAAGAGUGUGAGGUGGAGACGGAACGGAAGAGCGCCUGACUGAGGCUGUUGAGCUGGCUGGGCGGCGCUGGUAGCGGCCAGUUUCCAGCUUGGCUACCUGGGCAGGGAAGGAACCCACGGCGGGGCAGGAAGGUUAAAAGAAGACAACAGGAUGACUUUAUGGUACAUUGGAAACCAUUUAUUAAAUAUUGCAAAGGGAACUCAUUGCUUCGUCAAACAAAUCAUAGCCUCUUAUCAUUCCAAGAAAGUAUCUGACUAUGGAGGUGAAAUCAUGAAGCAGCAGCAGACAGAAUAAUAAUGUUUUUCCGAAAUCGUUUUCUGUUCUUGUUGGCCUUGGCAGCCUUAUUAGCCUUUCUGAGCCUUAGCCUACAAUUCUUACACUUGAUCCCUGUUAACCCGGUUAAAGAAGAUCUUGGCUCCAAGAAUCGAAAGAGAAUAAUGCCUGAUCCACUGACAGAGACACCUGCCAUAGAUCCCAUUUUUGAAGCCCAGUUUUAUUGUAACAUUCCCAGUGUACCUGAACGCAGCAUGGAAGGUCAUGCACCUCACUAUUUUAAACUGAUUUCUGUUCAUGUGUUAAUUCGCCAUGGAGACCGAUAUCCUCUUUAUGCCAUUCCCAAAACAAAAAGGCCGGACAUUGACUGUACGUUAGUGCCUAACAGAAAGCCUUCCCAUCCUCAGCUUGAAGCUUUUAUUAGCCAUAUGUCUAAAGGAUCAGAAACCCCAAUGGAUGGCACUCUGAGCAGCAUGCCACGUUACCCUAGCCAUUCACUGUGUGAAAUGGGAGAGCUUACACAGACUGGAAUUGUACAGCACUUGAGAAAUGGACAACUACUGCGGGAUAUUUAUAUGAAGAAGCAUAACUUGAUACCAAGUGACUGGACAAGUAAACAUUUGUAUUUGGAGACAACUGGAAAGAGUCGAACACUACAGAGUGGGCUGGCAUUACUAUAUUCCUUCCUGCCAGAAUAUGAUUGGAAGAAAAUUAACUUUAGGCACCAGUGGAGCACAAUUUUUUGUUCUGGAAAUUGUGAUUGCCCAAUAAGGAACCAUUACCUAGAGGAGGAACAACGUCGUCAGUAUAGCCUACGGGUGAAAAACAUACAUUUGGAGAAAACAUAUGCAGAUAUGGCAAAAAUAGUUGGCAUACCCACAAGGCAGUUAAGGGCCUCUAAUCCUAUAGAUUCUAUGCUGUGCCAUUUUUGCCAUAAUAUCAGCUUUCCAUGUACUAAGAAUGGUUGCAUUAACAUCGAGCAAUUUAAAGUAAUCAAGACCCAUCAACUUGAAGAUGAAAAAGACAGACAGGAGAAGAAAUAUUACUACUUGUAUGCACUACUGGCCACUCAUCCCAUCCUUAACCAGACAGUUAAUCGUAUGCAGCGGAUUGCUGAAGGCAAGAAAGAAGAACUAUUUGCCCUGUACUCUGCUCAUGAUGUCACCUUGUCUCCCGUUCUUAGUGCCUUAGGCAUUAAUGAGGCCAGGUUUCCAAGAUUUGCAGCUAGACUAGUCUUUGAGCUAUGGAAAGAUGGAAAGAAAUAUAAAGAACACUUUAUCCGCAUUCUUUAUAAUGGUGUUGAUGUCACAUUCCAGACUUCAUUCUGCCGAGAUUAUAACAAACUUUAUAGUAAGCUGAUGUGCCCUUUAGAGAAAUUUGUUGGUUUUGUUAAACAAGACAUGUUUUCACCUUUUAAUAGCACCAAUUACUAUGAUGCAUGUCACAGGAAAUCAUUCUAAACAAAGGAGGAAUAAAAUGUUACAUUUUGUAUUGUCAAAAAGUCUGUCUUUAAGGAAGCUUGACAUUGUCAAAUCCUAGUGUGCCUAAGUGCAAAUGAAUAUAACUUGAAUAUAAUUUUUCCAAAACACAUUCUAGAUUGAUUUAAAAUGCCAUAAAUGCAUAAUGUCUGUCAGUCUAAUCAGAGCAGGAACUAUGUUCUUUGUGCUCCAACUUAAUUUGACUCUUAGCUGCUGUAAAAUGGAUAUUGCUUGAAGAACUGAAUGAGUGUAUUCUGGUUCCUUGUUCCACUGUAAAGGUUGUCACAGUAAAGUAAACAUGAACAGUUCCAAUUCUUGUCAUAAUAGAAAGUAUUCUUCGUUACACAAAUCCAUUCUUAUGACUCAGCUAUAGCAGGAAUCCUUUUUUUUUGAGCAAAAGUGUAUUAUAAGCAUACUUUUUUAAAAGGGUGCAUGGAUUCACAUGGUUCUGGAACACUUCACCUUUAGCUACUAUACUUCAUACAUAAUGUAGAUGGUGUGAAGAUUGCUACUGUAUGGUGGAAGCUGCAAUGUUUCACAUGGCUUCUCAGGUUGAUCGCUACAUUGCAUGCAUGACUUCCUAGGAGGCACUAACAUUGUCAGAAAUACCUUUUAAAUAAUCGGUACAGGCAAUCCACAUAGAAAACCAUUUACAAAAACAUUAGUCUCCUUGUGGAGCCCCCAGCAUGUGGACAUUUUGUUUUGUUUUAUUAGGAACCAUGUUACCAUAUCAUAUGCAAAGCAACCCUUAAGCUAUAUGGAAAGAAAAGUUCCGUUCUUUGCACGUUUAGCACUUUAUGUGUACUUCAAACACAAAGUACAAGUUGUGUCAGAUGCUAGAAAAGGAUUCCUAAGUAAAUAUGAGGGAGUUGUACAGAAAAUGAAAACUUAAAAUCAGACUUCUAAUACACUGCUUUAGGAUCUAUUUAUAUUGUUCAAACCAUUUGUACUGUGAUAAGAAGCAAUGUGUUUAGCAGUUUGUUGUAAUGGCUGCAUGUAGCCAAAAGAGAACUUGACUUAAUGCUUAAUUUUGUAAUCCAUUUAGUACUUUUAUAGGCUAGGAAGACAUUUUAUAAGCCCAGUCUUGUUUUUUUAUUGUACGGUGAUUGUACUAUAGUGUACUAAAUGUUUUUUUACCUUCUUUAUAAAGGGAUGGCAAAAGCCGUUUUCCAACAUUUUUCCUUUGAACAUAGUACAUCGAUUUAGAAAUCUACUAUAAAUAAUUUUACUGGAUAAACUAAUAAUGCAUAUUAACUCAGUUUUUAGAUGUUUUCCUUAUAUGGGAUUUUUAGACACCUUGGAAAAGCAUUUUGUUACUAUUGUAAUGCUACGUUUUGUAAUGUCAGAGUUUUUAACACAUCCUGAAACCAUAAUUUAGUGUGUUUUGUAUUGAAAUGGUAGUAGCAAUUAAAAGGAGCUGUAAUUUCAGCCCCCUUUUAAAAACGAUGCAUUUGAAUGUUUCUGUAAAUAAAGUUUUGAAGUAUUCUUUGGUGGUGGUGCAUAAAAGCCAAUAUUUCUAUAGGUGGUGUUCAAAAUAGAGCUUGUAAAAUUGAUACUUGCUUAACUGAUUAUGUAAAAUGUUUGUUGCCACAAUCAUUAUUGAAAUUUAAUUGAUUUUUAAGUAGAGAUGCUGAGUGCAUUGCAAGAAUAUUAAAAGCUUGAUAUUUUAUCACAGUAGGUCUACAGUGUACCAGUUUGUACUGAAGAAAGUUUUAGAGUAGCCACAGAUUUCUACAGGACUAUAAUGAGAUUGCUUUGUGGAAAGAGGCUUAGGGGACUCCAGAAAAUAUGUAGCUGCCCAAAAUCUUCAAGCUCCAAAUAUAAAUCUAGGUUACCAUAGUAUUUGCAUUAGGGUUAUUCAUUGUUCCCAUGCAAAGCCCGAAGUUUUAUUCAGUACACAUUCAGAUGGUUAUGUCUGGAAUAAACUAGUCAGACUUUAAGAGCAGGAUCAAUCAUGGACAAAUGAGAAAAGCAGCCCCCAAAAGCAGGGAGAAUUCUGUGCCUUGGCUCUGAGUUUUGCACCUAGAUGCAAAGAAAGAAGAAGAAUAACUCAAGACUAAAUCAUAAGAAGUAGGGACAAAGCCUAACAAUAUCUCACGUGCAAAAUGUGAUAACUUUGACGUGCAAUAAUAAAAUGGAGUACAUGCUUUUCAAAAGCCUAAUGCUCUGGCCUUGAAGGAUAGAUUUUAUUACUAACUUUGCAUAGGUACAAUGCUACAUUACUACCACUCAGACAAACAAAUAUUGUUGCCUCUUAUAAACCACAGUGUAGGAAGAAAACUUAUUCAGAAAGAGAUUAGGCUGUAUAUGUAGAAUGUCUGGGGAGGGGCUGUAGUUCAGUUGUAGAGCACAUGUUUUGUUUGCAAAGGGUCCCAAAUUAAUCCUUAGUGUUUCCAGGUAGGGCUGGGGAAGUCUCGUGCCUCAAACCUUGGAGAGCUGCUUGGGCUGCUGCUUGUCCGUGUUGACAAUACUGAUGAACAAUGGUCUGACAGUCUAAAAGAGGUUUCCAAUGUAGCCCGUGCAGCCAUAGAAUCAUAGAGUUAGAAGGGACCUCAAAGGUUUCUAAUCACAUCUUGCUGUCAGUUUGCUGGAAAUACUUCUAUAAUGAGUUUCCGCCGGGCUGUGAAGACCUGGCUCUUCAGGCAGGCUUUUGGCGUGGGCAAGAUUUUAUUAUUCUUGUUUCCAGAUUUUUAAUGCUUAUUGUAA